AUGAUUGGAAGUCAAGGUGACCAGUUCGAUGACUGCGUCGCGUCGGCGACAAUCACCAUACUCGAUGAGCUAUUCACGUCCUACGGUGUUCCUUCUAUUGUGGUCUCAGACAAUGGGACACAAUUCACGUCGACUGAAUUUCAGUCCUUCCUUCGAGUUAGUGGCGUUAAGUACCACAAAAUAACGGCGUCAUAUCAACCCUCCACCAACGGGCAAACCGAGCGGAGUGUGCAGACAGUGAAGAACGCCCUUCGCGCUAUGGGGACCUCGCGGAGCACUCUGCAAGAGAACCUGAAUAAGUUUCUCCGCCAUUAUCGGAUCGCACCUCAUAUGACAACGAGAUCGUCGCCCUCUCAGCUUUUCCUGGGCCAAACGCUGCGAACACGAUUCAAUUUGGUGCGACCUGACGAUGUAUUUACAAAAGUUAGGGAAACAUCAGGAUAG